AUGGAUGCCCUAGACGACGAUGCCAGAGCCAAAUCUGGUGUUGAUUUCGAGCUUGUGAGCUGGAACUAUGAGUAUGAGCUGCCCUUGGUGGUGGAGAUACCGUCAAGGAAUACAACCCCCCUCUUCGUUUACCAUGCCCAAUCGUCGCGUGAGUCCAAUGAAGGUACAGAAACAUUAUCGUUCUUAUUUGGUGAAGAUCCCGGAGAUGACAAUCCAAAUGUUUGCUGUGAUCAACUACAAAAUACAACCCCUUCUUCUCAACCAUCGGACCAAUCGUCUCGUGAUGAAGAAACACUCGAGGAUGCUAUAACAGAUUCCAGAUGGGCUGAAGCAAUGGCAAUUGAAAUGGAAGCUCUGGAAAAGAAUUCUACAUGGGAGAUGGUUCAGUUACCACAAGGGAUGAAACCAGUUGGAUGUCGGUGGAUAUACACUGUUAAAUACAAAGCUGAUGGAUCCAUAGACAGAUACAAAGCUCGAUUAGUAGCCAAAGGGUAUACACAAACAUAUGGAAUUGACUACCAUGAGACAUUUGCACCUGUUGCCAAGAUCAACACUGUUCGUGUUCUAAUGUCAUUGGCUGCAAAUCUUGAUUGGCCACUACUGCAGUAUGAUGUAAAGAAUGCGUUCCUUCACGGGGACUUGCAAGAAGAAGUGUAUAUGGAACCACCACCAGGGAUCUCUACGACAUUCGGUCCCAACACCGUUUGCAAGCUGAAAAAAUCACUAUAUGGGCUCAAGCAGUCGCCACGAGCUUGGUUUGGAAGAUUCACUGAUUCCAUGAAGCGUUUUGGAUACUCUCAGAGUCACUCGGAUCACACUUUAUUCUUAAAGCGUCGUGGUAACAAACUGACGGCCCUCAUCAUCUAUGUUGAUGAUAUGGUGGUUACCGGUAAUAACAAUGAAGAAAUGAAGAAUCUGCAGAAGCUCCUUGCUAGUGAAUUUGAGAUGAAGGACUUGGGUGAGUUACAAUAUUUCCUUGGCAUAGAAGUUGCUAGAUCAAAACAUGGCAUAUUUCUAUCCCAACGAAAAUAUGUGUUAGAUUUGCUAACAGAAACUGGAAUGCUUGAUUGCAAGCCAGCUGACACACCUAUUGAGCAGAACCACAAGUUAGGGAUGUAUCCAGAUCAAGUACCCACUGACAAAGAAAGGUAUCAAAGCAACUUUGAGCUUAACAAUAGGUACCUACUAGAUUUUUUACAUCGGAUCCAUGUAAGUUUGGAAUAUUUUAUAAAGAAAAUAAGGGCCCAAGAAGCAAAACUGCGCAGUUGUUAUGCAGAGACCAUCGGUUUUAGCAGCGAUGAAUUUGUAAGAAUCAUUCUGGUGGAUGCGGCCUUCAUCAUCGAGGUCUUGUUGAGGUUCUGUUACAAGCAUUUGCGGGUUGAGAAUGAUCGUAUAUUUAACAAACCAAGGAUGUUGGAGGAUGUAUGGCCUGACAUGCGGAUGCUUGAAAAUCAGCUCCCUUUCUUCAUUCUCGAGGAUCUUUUCGAUCAUGAAAGAAAUAUUGUUGGCAUUCAGACGACAAUUAUUGAUCUUUCUUACCAUUUCUUCAAAACUCUAAUGCAUAUGAAGGACAUGGAAGACACUUUGUCCCGGAUACGUCCUCCUCAUCAGGUAGAGCAUUUUGUUGAUUUUGUUAGAAAGUUAUAUCCAUUGCCUCCACAAUUAAAAUCGAAAGUGCCACAAGUUCAAGGGCCAUUCCAAACCCUAACCAUAGGCAUGAUGUCAUCAUGUGUAAUGGAUGUACCACAAGCUCGAGGGCAACUUGAAACCCAAACCAUACCCAGCAUGACACAGUUAUACCGAGCAGGGGUCAAGUUUAGGAAGGGGUCAAGCACAAACAUAUUCGACAUUCGGUUCAAUAUUGACGAUGGCAUUUUGGAAAUUCCAAAAAUAACAAUAAGUGAUCAAUCAGAGGUCACACUCACAAAUCUCCUUGUCUUUGAACAAACCCUAUGCAAGAAGGUAGAAAAUUACAUAAAUGAUUAUGUUGUCAUCUUAAACAUUCUUGUGAACACCCCGGAGGACGUGGCGUUGCUUGUUAAGAAUGGGAUUGUUGAAAACAAGCUAGGUGACAGCACUAAAGCCUGUACAAUGAUCAAGAACCUUGCUGACGGCGUCAUUAUGGCCGAUGAGUUCUACUUCACCACUCUUUGUGAAAACCUGAACAAGUACUACAGAAUGUUUAGGCACAGAUGGAAGGAAUAUUUGAUAAAACAUUUCUUCAACUCACCUUGGACAACUAAGGAAAUCGUUGCAGCUGCUAUUUUCCUAAUGCUCACUUUCGUACAGACGGUGUGCUCUAUUAUCUCUGCUGCGCAACAAUAG